UUUUUUUUUUUUUUUUUUUUUGUGAGAGGAAGUCUUGCUCUGUUGCCCAGGCUGGAGUGCAGUGGCACGAUUUCGGCUCACUGCAAACUCUGCCUCCUGGGUUCAAGCAAUUCUCCUGCCUCAGCCUCCUGGGUAGGCCAGGCUGGUCAUGAACUCCUGACCUCAGCUGAUCCACCCACCUCGGCCUCCCAAAGUGCUGGGAUUACAAGUGUGAGCCACCGCCCAUGGCCGGUAGAACAUCUGAAGCUUCUAAAGCGAACUCUAAGGUUUCAUUGGCACGAGGGGGCUCGAACCAGGCAGGAAGUGACGCGCGUGGCCCGGGAGCUGCGGACGCAGAGGCCGACGGAGCCGGAGUUGCGGACGCCGCGGGGUCUCCGGGACAGGUGA